ACCAAAUCAGUCUCCCCAUAUCAGAAUAUUGGCAUGUAUCCACCCUCAGUCCCUCACUCCUCUCCGUCUCGGUCUCACUGUUCAUCUUGCUUCACCGUGUGCACGCCGAGUGUGAGCCGGUGGCAUGCGGGAACUUCACCAUCAAGUACCCGUUCUGGCUCGGUGCUCCUAGCCACUCCCCGCCGGAGCCCGCUUGCGGCCGCCCGGCCUUUGAGCUCUGGCGCACCAACAGCAACACCAAGGCUUCCAUUUCCUAGCGUGGCUCCGCCAUCCAAGUCCUCAACAUCGACUACAGCGCCAGCUCCUUCGUUGUGUCUCACAGCAGAUUCUCCGCGACCGAGAAUGGUGUGUGCCUCGCUGACUUCAACAUGUCGUCCAGCCUAGCUCUCAGCCCGUUCAAGACUAGCCCGAGCAACAUGGCCCUGUGCUUCCUCUUCGACUGCAACGGGACGGAGCCACGGGGUCCUGGCUACACGAACGCCACCGCCGGCUGCGAUAAGCCCAUCUACGCGUACCUGGGCGGGAUCUACGACCGGGACACGCCGCCGGCGAUCCCCACCGGAAACUGCACGUACACCUACCUCCCGGUGCUCGGGGCGGAGGCGGCGGCCGCCGACUACAGCCAGCUGCUGAAGGCUGGGUUCGUCCUGGACUGGGAGGGCACCGGAGUCGGGGAAUGCCCCGCUUGCAUUGCUAGCGGUGGCCAGUGCCGAUACAACACCUCCAAAGCGAAGUUCCUGUGCCUCUGCCCCGAUGGCAUGCUGCACGGGUCGACAUGUGCCGGUAUGACAUCAGGAGCUACAACCUUUCUCUUUGCUUGUCUUUAUGUGUUGAUAUGGUAUAGGAAGGGGAAGAGAUUAUGGUUUCUCCUUUCCAAGAAGACUAGCAGUAACACUGAAAAGAAUUACGAGGCCAUGAUAGUGUCAUAUGGAUCGCUAGCUCCAAAAAGAUACAUGUACUCGGAAAUAAUGAAGAUAACGUCUUCUCAAAAUGAUCAGCUUGGAAAAGGAGGUUAUGGUGUCGUUUUCAAAGGAAGACUAUAUCACUAGUAGAAAAAGGUGUAUGAUGGUCGUCUAGUUGCUGUGAAAUUCUUGCAUGACUGCAAAGGAAAUGGGGAUGAGUUUGUGAAUGAAGUUAUGAGCAUUGGAAGGACCUCUCAUGUUAAUGUUGUUAGUUUAUUUGGGUUUUGUUUGGAGAGAUCAAAACGUGCUCUUAUAUAUGAGUACAUGCCCAAUGGUUCCUUGGAUAAGUACAUUUACUCAGAGAACCCCAAAGAAAUUUUAGAAUGGGAGAGGCUAUAUGCGAUAGCUACCGGUAUUGCUCGUGGCAUUGAAUACUUGCACCAUAGCUGUAAUACAAGUAUCGUCCAUUUCAAUAUCAAGCCCCGAAAUAUCCUACUAGACAAAGAUUUUAGCCCGAAGAUUGCUGAUUUUGGCCUAGCUAAAUUGUGUCAUACAAAGGAGAGCAAGCUUUCAGUGACUGGAGUUAGAGGAACAAUUGGAUUCAUCGCCCCAGAAGUUCACUAUCGAACCUUCGGGGUGGUUUCAACAAAGUCAGAUGUUUAUAGCUAUGGAAUGAUGCUGCUGGAGAUGUUUGGAGGUAGGAGAAAUGUAAAAUCAAUUGUUGCAAAAUCUAGCGAAAAUUAUUUUCUAGAUUGGAUUUACGACCACUUUGCACAAGAUGAGGGAUUGCAAGCAUGUGAAAUUACAAUAGAAAUUGAGGAGAUCGCGAGAAAGAUGAUCAUAAUAGGCUUGUGGUGCGUACAAGUGUUACCUAUGUAUCGCCCUACUAUAACAAAAGUUCUAGAAAUGUUUGAGAGAAGCUUAGAUGAUCUGGAGAUGCCGCCGAAGCAGAACUUCUGUGAACUAUUUGAAAACUCAGCUCACAAUUUGGAUGUACAAAGUUCAAGUUCUACUAAACCUGAAGAGAUCAGCCUUGUGAAAUCAGAAAUCCUACAACAAUCGCCAACUCAUUGAGCAGAUAGGCCUUGUGAAUCAAAGAACCUACAUUCAUUUCCAACACUGUUAGAAGGUGGCAUGUACUACUGUACAUUCAGAAAUUGAAUAAUUCCAGCGAAAUUCGGUAUUGUACUUGUAGUAGAAUAUAUUCCAUGUAUGCAUGACCUAGAGUCAAGAGCAACCGCAUGACAACAUCCU